AUGAAGAUAGUGAUCCCUGAAACUAGCGGUUUGAAUGUUGUUGAUAAAAAAUUCGAACCCAAAUAUUUUGUUAAGAAUAAAUUGAGAUUUGUUUCUCCUUAUGUUUAUACCUAUAAAUUAUUUUCAAAGAAAAGAUGGGUAGGUAAAAAAAUUGCUGAUGUUAUGACAUCUGAAUUUUGUGCUUAUGAUAUGAAUUAUUUUAUAGAAUCUAUAAAAAAAGGAUAUGUAAAAGUUAAUCAACAGAUGGUUUCUCCUGAUUAUAUUAUUCAAAAUAAUGAUUUUAUAGAACAUAAAUUAUUAUUAUUUGAAAAACCAGUUCUUUGUAAUAAAAUUAUUAUAUUAUAUGAAGAUGAUAAUUUUAUAUGUGUUUAUAAACACUCCAGUUUACCUACUCAUCCAGUAGGAUCUUAUCAAUAUAAUUCACUCUUAAGAAUCUUACAAAAUUAUAUAAGUACAUGUCAAAAGGAUAAACAUGAGGAAGAUCAUCAGGAUAUAACACAAAAGGAGAACAAAGAAAAUAAAAAUGUAAAAGAAAAUGUAAAUAAAAAUGUAAAUGUAAAUGUAAAUGAAAAUGUAAAUGUAAAUGAAAAUAUAAAUGAAUAUAAUAAUAUGAACACUAAAAAUGCCAAUGUUGAAAUACAAAGCGAACAUGUCAUAAAAAUUAAUUUUAAUUUUAAAAAAGAAAAUUUUGGUUUCAUAUUAGAUGACGUAAAGGAAAAUUCAUCACAUGAUGAUAAUAAAUUAAAAAUAAAUCAUACUACAAAUAAUAUGACAAAUAAUAAUCAUAAGAAAUAUAUUCAUUUAGAUGAUAAGUCACAAAAAUAUUACAACCAUAAUGUUACACAAAAUAUAAAUGAUGAACUGAGAAAGGAUGAUAUUCUUAAUAUAUCACAAGAAAGGAAAAAAAGAAGAAAAAUAAAACAAGAAAAUAUUAUAAAUAAGGAACAUAUUAAUAAUAUAUCAAUGAUAUCAAAAGAAAAUGAAAAUGAAAAUGAAAAUGAUCUUGAUAUGUUAAAUAUUUUAAUAAAGUGUAGACAAAAGGGUAUAAAUAAAAAUGAUGAUAAUAAAAAAAAUGAUGAUAAUAAAAAAUGUGGUGAUAAUAAAAAAUGUGGUGAUAAUAAAAAAUGUGGUGAUAAUAUAAUAUAUGAUGAUAAUAAAAAAUGUGGUGAUAAUAUAGUAUAUGAUGGUGAUAAAAAAUGUGGUGAUAAUAUAAUAUAUCAUGAUGAUAAUAUAAUAUAUGAUGAUAAAAAUAUAUCAUAUAAUGAUGAUCAUAUAAAUAAAUAUAAUGAAAUAUCUAUAGAAGAUACUAACGAUAUACAAAAUGCAGAAUGCUUAGAAAAAAAUAAUUACAUUAAUAAAAAUUUGAAGAAAGAUUUAAAAACACAAGACAAAUCAUAUAUCUAUACUCUUCAUCGAUUAGAUAAAUUAACAUCAGGUAUUGUUCUUUUUGGAAAGAAUAAAAAGUUCUCUACAUUUUUUUCACAGAAUCUUUCUGAUAAUAAAAUAAAAAAAACAUAUAUAACUAGAGUAGAAGGAGAUUUUAGAAUAUUAAUCGAUAAAUUGUUACAUUGUAAUAAUAUUAUGAAAUGCUUAAAGAAUGAAGAAAAUAAAUUAGAAAAUAUUAUUGAUAAAUAUUGUAAUAGUAUGAAAUAUGAUUGCACUCUUAAAUUUAAUAAAUGUGAAGACCAUAACUCAUUUCAAAAUGAUAUCUUCCUUUAUGAAAAUAAUUAUGAAUUAAAUAAUGAAGAAAAAGAAACAUGUGAACAAAUCCAAAAAAAAAAAAAAAAUAAAAAUAAUGAUGAACAAAAAUAUAUGUUUAAUAAAUUAAUACAACAAGUAAAAAAAAAUAAAAAUGAAUUAGAUAAUUAUUUUGAUAUGAAUAAAUUUGAUAUGACAUAUGAUCAUAAUGAAGAUAAUAAUAAUGAAGAUAAUAAUAAUUUAAAUAAAUAUCAUAAAUAUUUUCUUAUAGAUUUUGGUUAUAUAUAUUGUGAAAAUAAAAAAUUAUUAAAAUAUGUUUUUACAAAAUAUACAAAACAAAAUUGUUUUCAAUUUUCUGAUUAUUUAUUAAAACCUAGUAUUACAAAAUUUAUGUUCUUAUCAUAUAAUUCUUCAAUUAAUGAAUCAUUAAUAUUAUGUCAACCUAUAACAGGAAGAACACAUCAAAUAAGAGCACAUCUUCAAAGUUUAUCAUAUCCUAUAUCCAAUGAUUCACAUUAUAAUAAAAUCUUUGAACAAGAAUAUAUUCAAAAGUCAAAUUAUUUAUAUUUUGAUGAACGUACUAGAAACGAACACAUACAAAUUAAUCAACAAUUAAAUAAUAACAUAAAUUAUAUACAACCAAAUAAUAAUAAUAUUAAUAAUAAUAUUAAUAUUAAUAAUAAUAAUGAAAUAUAUAAUAAUCAUAAACAAAUAUUUCAAGAUGUACAUACACAAAAUAAAAAUGAAUCACAUAUCAAUAAAAAAAAUUCUGAAAAAUAUAAUUAUUUUCCUCUCAUUCCUUUUAUUAAUACAUCUUUCAAUUGGCUAUAUGAUAAAAAUAUUAAUCUAAAUGAACAAUAUAAUGAAAAAGAUAUGAACAAUUAUUUUUUUAAAAAUAUUAAUAAUGUCUCUUAUCAUAGUUCUGGUAUUUUCUUACAUUCAUUUAGAUAUACAUGGCAAAAUAUUUUCGAUGUUUUUACUCUCCUUCCAAAAUGGUGUCAAUCCUUUUACAUUCCAAGAGACUUAAUAGCAUUCUUAUUAUAUGGAGAUUUGUCAUAA